CCAUGAAGGAAGCAUUAGAAGAUAAUAGAUUUGUUCAAUAUCAUUAGACUAAUCAUCAAAACAAAUCUUUCUAAACCCUAGAAGCUAUCGAAUUUGUUGUAUGAUAAUAACAUAAUAAUGAUUAGAUUUAAAAACAGGAAAUUAAGGAUGAAUUAUAUAAAGCUAUAAUUAAAGCUCAAGAUGUGACUAAUCCUGCUAAUUAAAAUUCUGAAAGAGCUAAACCUGAAACUGUAGAUGGAGAUUCUUUAUAAGUUAAAGAAUAAUUCUGUAAUGAUGAUUUCAAGAACAAACUGUAGCUUUUUAGUGCAGAAUAAAUAGAAGAAGAAUAAAUAAUAGAUUACAAUUUUACUAAUAUUUGUAAGCAUCUCUUAUAAGAUUAAAAAUAUGAGCAAUAUUUAUCGAUAUUUCUAAAAUUUUUCCAAAAUACUAAUCUAAAUAUGGAAUAGAAGGAAGAUCUAUUACUUUUUGUAAUUGUCAUAAAAUUAAAUUUUGAAAAGUUGCCAUAAAUUGAAAACAAUUAUUUAGAAAAAAGAAUAAUUGAUUAUUAUAUCUUACUAAAAGAUCGAAUAAAAAAAGAAUUAGAUAUUGAAUAUUAAAAUUAAUUUAAAAAUAGUGAAAAUUACGAAAAUAUUAAUUGCUAUUAAUAUUAGAAUUAAGUAUUACCGAAUGGAACUAUAGAAAGAUAAAAAAAAUAGAGAAAAAUUGACCAUAGCCUUAUUUUAGUAGAUAAAUUAGACACAAUUAAAAAUAAAGAUCGAUUAAAUGAAAGUGUUGAUAUGCUAUUAACUAUAAGUCUUUAGGUAAAAGAGAUGUUUUAAGAAGAAAUAAAAGACUAGGAAAAAAAAGACUAUUACAUGAAUAAAUUAUAAAAGUUUAGUUAGAAAAAGAUUAUGAAAAAAUUCGAGAUUAAAUAAUUUAAAGAUAAUUAAUACAAUUUUAUAAGUUAAUAUUUAAUAAGACAAGAAAAUGAAGAAUCCUUAAAAAUUUUAUUAUCUUGUUUUAUAGAAUAUACUUUUCAAUGGAUCAAUCUACUUGAUUUUAAAUAAAACGGAAAAAGUUAAAAAUUUAAAUAAAAAGAAAAUAGUUAAACAUUUAAAGAAAUAUAAAAAUUCCUCAAACAAAAAAUUAUUGAAUAAACAACAAUUAAAUUAGGUAUUUAAAACUAUUUUUAAAAUAAGACAUAUUAAAAAUUUGAUUUUAUAGAAUUUGUGAUAAAUUUAUUAAAAAUUUACUAGGAGUUAAAAAAUUUAGAAAUUUAAGAAUGGAUAAUAGAUUAAUAGUAAUAAGAAAUUGAUUUGUAAUAAUUAGAUGCUUACUAAUAAUAAUUAUUUCAUUUCUUAAAAUCUAUAUCUGAAAUGAAGUUAGAUAGAUAUAAGUAAAAAAUGAAUAUUAACUUUUCUUUAAAAACUUUUAAAAAAUUAAUUUCAUGUGAUGCAAAACCUGAAGUAUUAAAUGCAAUCAAAGCUGCUAAAAGAAAACCUAAAUAAUUUUUAAAUGAAUUAAUUUUGAAUGAUGAAGAAAUUAAGGAUUUUUAGGAAGCAAUAGAAAAAUUACGAAAAAAAGCAAAAAAAUAAUGA